AUGCCUCGCGAUCCUCUCAUCGCCCUCGUCGGCAAACCGUCAUCUGGCAAGAGUACCACCUUGAACAGUUUGACGGAUGCCACGUCCAAAGUAGGCAACUUCCCAUUCACUACCAUCGACCCCAACAGAGCAGUAGGAUAUCUCCAGAUUCCAUGCGCAUGCUCAAGACCCGGUGUACCCAACGUCGGCGACAAACCGCUGGUCGAGAGAUGCAAACCAAACUAUGGCGUGUGUAACGACGGAACCCGCUCGGUGCCCAUUGAGCUUCUCGACGUAGCUGGUCUGGUGCCAGGUGCGCACAUGGGCAAAGGUCUUGGAAACCGCUUCUUGGACGACUUGAGACACGCCGAUGCUCUCAUCCACGUCGUUGAUGUCAGUGGAACAACAGAUGCAGAGGGCAAGGCAACAAGAGGCUACGAUCCAAGUGUCGACAUCGAAUGGUUGCGCUCGGAGAUUGUUCGCUGGAUUCAAGGCAACCUCAUGCAAAAAUGGGGUUCCGUCAAGAGGAGACAUAUCGCCAUCAAAGGCAACGCAGUCGACACGCUACAAGGCCAGUUCUCUGGUUACGGUUCCACAAAACAGAUCAUCGCCCGCACUCUGGACAAACUACAACUAAAAGAGCCUUUGGAAGACUGGAGUGAUGAGACAGUGGAAAAGGUCGUGAACGCAUUUGUGGACGAGAAGUUCCCUACAGUCAUCGCGCUGAACAAGAUCGAUCACCCCGACUCGGACAAGAACGUCGCAAAGAUCGCCAAACAGAAUGACCCAAACACACUCGUCCUCUGCUCGGCGAUUAGCGAAGUUUUCCUACGACGUCUCGCUAAACAAGGCUUCGUCAAGUACACAGAAGGCAGUGAGUUUGUCGACACAAGAGAGGAUCUCGUCGAGAAUGGCGAGCCUGAUGGUGGUGGCCUGAAAGAGCUGGAUGAAAAACUGCAAAACCGCAUUGAGAAUUUGCGUGAUCUUGUACUCUACAGAUUCGGAAGUACCGGCGUACAUCAAGUCCUCACGCGUGCAGCAGAGCUCCUUGGACUUACACCUGUAUUCCCGGUCAGAAACAUUGCAACAUUCUCGUCUGGUGACGGCCGUGAAGGUGGUGUUUUCAGAGAUUGCGUUCUGGUCAAGAAAAACUCUACGGUUGGAGACGUGUAUCGUAAGAUCAUGGGUGAUGCGCCAUUAGCGUAUGUGGAAACAGUGGGAGGACAGAGAGUCGCCGAAGACGACCCUGUAUCAGUUGGCAAGAACGAUAUCUUGUCGUUCAAGGUUGGAAGAGGAUAG